CACGUGACCGGAAGUAAAUACAGUUCCCCGACGCUUCCCGCGCUUGGUCAUUUUCAAUAACAAGCGUGAGUUUGAUGUUACAGGCAUUCCCGAUAUGGAUGAUCUGUAUUUAGACAAUAUUGACGAAUUCAUUAAUGAUCACAAUAAGAUCGUGACAUACAAAUGGCUGAGUUUAACUCUUGGGGUCCAUGUAAACACAGCCAAACAGAUGCUGUAUCAUUACUUGGAGAAGAAACGCACGGAAAGUUCAAAAACUGCCCUUCAUGCCACCUACCUAGUAACUGGCAAGUCUGUCAAAGAUGGCAACACGUGUCAUAAAGUGUCAGUAGUACCUGAAGACAAGCUUGAAGCUAUUAAAGCGAAGAUGGACGUUACCAUCAGCGUGCAUGUGUACAGUGUGCAAAGAGCCGAGCUUAAGGAUAGCGCUCCACUUUACAGUACAGAUUAUGAUGCUGUUAAGGAGAAUAUGAAAAACUGCAACAAGUACAGUGCUAUACGUUGUGCUGCAGCGGUCCCCUUGUCUUCUGCAGAGCUGCAGAGAGCUCAGGAGUUGGCUUCAGUUCGUCCAGCUGAAAAGGAAAUCAGUAAACCUGACCCGAAUGAAAACACUUCUGUCUCUAAACCCAGUGCAAAACGGCCCGCGGGCAUCAUGGGAAUGUUUGCUGGCAAAAGCGCUCCUAAGAGCCAAGAAUCUAACAAGGAAGUUAAAACGGAGGAGAAAGAGGAUUCUUCCCUAGUUGAAACGUCAAAAACCAAACCAACCUCCAAAACAAACCCCAUGAGUAACUUUUUUGGGAAGUCUGCACCGAAAAAGGGGGAUGAAAAACCGAGCAAAAGCAUCAAAGAAGAGAAAGACGGAGGAUCGACGGCAUCUGCUGCUGUGAACACGAAACAGUCGCAGGUCUCUCCCAAGUCUGAAUUUGGUGUUAAGGAGGAACAGCCUAAGGUGUCCAAAUCUUUGAAGAAUGAAUCCCAAGACAGUCGCAGUAAAACAAAACGCCCUGAGGUUCUGGACAGUGAUGAUGAAAACGUGGAGAGCCAGCAGAAGAAGAGGCGGAGGAUAAAGAAGCCUCAGCCAGACAGCAGUGAUGAUGACGUUGUGCCAGAUUCUCCACCUGUGCCUAAUGUACAGACUCCCAGCCCUAAAAAACAAGUAAAGAGGGAGCCUGUUUCACACCAAGAAGAGAGCUCACAAGUGAAGAGGAGGAAAAGGAGGCGUGUCUUAAAGUCUCGCACAUUUGUUGAUGAAGAUGGAGAAUUCGUGACUGAGAAAGGUUACGUGAGUGAGUCUUACUCUGAGAGUGAAGACUCUGAAGCAAACAGUCAAGUCAAAGACACAGUCUUACCCAAGCAAAAACUUGGACAAAAAGAGGAUGAGAGAAAAGAAAAAAGUCACAAGAAAGCUUCAGCAGCAGCAGCUAACAAAUCAACGAAACAGCCGUCCAUCAUGGGAUUUUUUCAGAAGAAGUAAUUUUUUUUUAUUUUUGCCUUUAUGAAUUUAAGCACUUGCUCCGCAGUGAUGUACUUUCACCAUGAACCACAUAAGAUGGAAGUAUAUCUUCCUCAGAGACAUCAACAUCAAGUUUAUUUCUCCCAAUAUAUGAACAAGCGUCUGCUGUUUCUUGCAGGACUUUAAGUUCUGUAUCUAAUGUGAAUCUAUUGCAGUAAUACAGCAGUCCCGCUGAGCUAGCAGAUGUUUUAAACACAAGUCAUAACUACCAACACUUGACCGUUUCUCUGAUGAUGCUGUAUUUGGAAACUUUCCCAGGCUUUUGAUGUUACCGAAAAAUCAGAAGACUGUCAAACCUAUUUUGUCAUUGUCUGUGACCAUUUUUCUGGAUAAUAAAUCAACAUUUAUGAUA